AUGCAUGAAUGUUCAAAGAGUAAAGUAAGUGAGCAGAAAACUGGCAGGAAAUGUGGGCAGAAAGUGGUGAAUUUUGUGGAUUUGAUAGCAGAAUCUUGGAACAGGGAUACAGUGAACAGAAGUAAUACAGUGAAGCCAAUUAAGGAAAUUAUUAACAAUGUCUAUAGAAGAGGAUCUAAUCUGUUGAGGAGCAGCACCUUCAAAAAUAUGCAGCGCCGUCACACAACACUGAGGGAGAAAGGCCGCCGCCAGGCUAUCCGGGGUCCUGCCUACAUGUUUAAUGAGAAGGGCACCAGCCUGACACCCGAGGAGGAGCGCUUCCUGGACUCAGCCGAGUAUGGCAACAUUCCAGUGGUCAGGAAAAUGCUGGAAGAGUCCAAGACCCUCAACUUCAACUGUGUGGACUACAUGGGGCAGAACGCACUGCAGCUGGCCGUGGGCAAUGAACACCUGGAGGUCACAGAGCUGCUGCUCAAGAAAGAGAACCUAGCACGGGUGGGGGAUGCUUUACUUUUGGCUAUCAGCAAGGGCUACGUGCGCAUCGUGGAGGCCAUUCUCAACCACCCAGCCUUCGCUCAGGGCCAGCGCCUGACGCUCAGCCCGCUAGAGCAGGAGCUCCGAGACGAUGACUUCUAUGCCUAUGACGAGGAUGGCACACGCUUCUCCCACGAUAUCACGCCCAUCAUCCUGGCAGCCCAUUGCCAGGAGUACGAGAUCGUGCACAUCCUCCUGCUCAAGGGCGCCCGCAUCGAGCGGCCCCAUGACUACUUCUGCAAGUGCAAUGAGUGCACCGAGAAGCAGCGGAAGGACUCUUUCAGCCACUCGCGCUCCCGCAUGAAUGCCUACAAGGGACUGGCAAGUGCUGCCUACUUGUCCCUGUCCAGUGAAGACCCUGUCCUCACCGCACUGGAGCUAAGCAAUGAAUUAGCCAGACUAGCCAACAUUGAGACUGAAUUCAAGAACGAUUACAGGAAGUUAUCUAUGCAAUGCAAGGAUUUUGUGGUGGGCGUGCUGGACCUAUGCCGAGACACAGAAGAGGUGGAAGCAAUUUUAAAUGGUGAUGUGAACUUCCAAGUCUGGUCCGACCACCACCGUCCAAGUCUGAGCCGGAUUAAACUCGCCAUUAAAUAUGAAGUCAAAAAGUUCGUUGCUCAUCCUAACUGUCAGCAGCAAUUGCUUACCAUGUGGUAUGAAAAUCUCUCAGGCUUACGUCAACAGUCUAUUGCUGUGAAAUUCCUGGCUGUCUUUGGAGUCUCCCUAGGCCUCCCUUUUCUCGCCAUAGCCUAUUGGAUUGCUCCGUGCAGCAAGCUAGGACGAACCCUAAGGAGCCCUUUCAUGAAAUUUGUAGCCCAUGCAGUUUCUUUCACAAUCUUCUUGGGAUUAUUAGUUGUGAAUGCAUCAGACCGCUUUGAAGGUGUCAAAACCCUGCCCAAUGAAACCUUCACAGACUAUCCAAAGCAGAUCUUCAGAGUGAAAACCACCCAAUUCUCCUGGACAGAAAUGCUCAUCAUGAAGUGGGUGUUAGGGAUGAUUUGGUCCGAAUGCAAGGAAAUCUGGGAGGAGGGGCCGCGGGAGUACGUGCUACACCUGUGGAACCUCUUGGAUUUCGGGAUGCUGUCCAUCUUCGUGGCCUCCUUCACAGCGAGGUUCAUGGCCUUCCUGAAGGCCAGCGAAGCCCAACUGUACGUGGACCAGCACGUGCAGGACGACACACUACACAAUGUCUCUCUCCCGCCAGAAGUGGCAUAUUUCACCUACGCCAGGGACAAGUGGUGGCCCUCAGACCCUCAGAUCAUAUCAGAAGGGCUGUAUGCAAUAGCUGUCGUGCUGAGCUUCUCUCGAAUCGCGUACAUCCUGCCAGCCAACGAAAGUUUUGGGCCCUUGCAGAUCUCAUUGGGGAGAACCGUGAAAGAUAUCUUCAAGUUCAUGGUCAUUUUCAUCAUGGUAUUUGUGGCCUUCAUGAUUGGGAUGUUCAAUCUGUACUCCUAUUACCGAGGUGCAAAGUACAACCCAGCGUUUACAACGGUUGAAGAAAGUUUCAAAACCUUAUUUUGGUCCAUCUUUGGCUUGUCUGAAGUGAUCUCAGUGGUGCUGAAAUAUGACCACAAAUUCAUUGAGAACAUUGGCUAUGUUCUCUAUGGCGUUUAUAACGUCACCAUGGUGGUAGUGCUGCUCAAUAUGCUAAUAGCCAUGAUCAACAACUCGUAUCAGGAAAUUGAGGAGGAUGCAGACGUGGAGUGGAAAUCAACCCGGGCAAAGCUCUAGCUCUCUUAUUUUGAUGAAGGAAGAGCUCUACCUGCUGCUUUCAAUCUAGUCCCCACCCCAAAAGUGGGUGUUAUUCAAGUCCUACUAGGUAUGUAUGAAUUAUGUAUUAUGUAUGUAUUUUUCUUCUAGAAGACUCGAUACCAGGCUGGCAUGAGGAAUUCUGAGAACCUGACAGCAAAUAACACUUUCAGCAAACCCACCAGAUACCAGAAAAUCAUGAAACGGCUCAUAAAAAGAUAUGUCCUGAAGGCCCAGGUGGACAGAGAAAAUGAUGAAGUCAAUGAAGGCGAACUGAAGGAAAUCAAGCAAGAUAUCUCCAGCCUGCGCUAUGAGCUUCUUGAGGAGAAAUCUCAAGCUACUGGGGAGCUGGCAGACCUGAUCCAACAACUCAGUGAGAAAUUUGGAAAGAAUUUAAACAAAGACCACCUGAGGGUGAACAAGGGUAAAGACAUUUAA